UGCAGGACAAUAAACGUUUUGGGGGCACUGAGUAAUGUAGCCAUUUCUGAUCCGGCAGCCGGGAAAAUGUGAGACAAUUUGCUGCUGCUGGAAGGAGGGCAGCUGGGGUUUGUGUUCGUGUGAGAGUGGAUUAACCGCGCGGCGGUGGACCCCCGGCGGCGGAACGAGCCAAAAUGGAGGACAAUAUGGAUACAAAAUCCAUUCUCGAAGAACUUCUUCUCAAAAGGUCACAGCAAAAAAAGAAAAUGUCGCCCAGUAAUUACAAAGAGAGGCUUUUUGUUCUAACCAAAACAAAUCUCUCCUACUAUGAAUAUGACAAAAUGAAAAGAGGCAGCAGAAAAGGAUCAAUUGAGAUUAAGAAAAUCAGGUGUGUGGAGAAAGUCAAUCUUGAGGAGCAGACCCCCGCGGAGAGACAAUACCCCUUUCAGAUUGUCUAUAAAGAUGGGCUUCUCUAUGUCUAUGCAUCAAACGAAGAGAGCAGAAGUCAGUGGCUGAAAGCGUUACAAAAAGAGAUAAGGGGCAACCCUCACUUGCUGAUCAAGUACCAUAGUGGGUUCUUCGUGGACGGAAAGUUCCUGUGCUGCCAACAGAGUUGCAAAGCAGCCCCAGGAUGUACCCUCUGGGAAGCAUAUGCUGAUCUACACGUUACAGCCCAUGAAGAGAAACACAGAGUUCCCAUCUUCCCAGACAGAGUGCUGAAGAUUCCUCGAGCAGUUCCUGUUUUCAGAAUGAAUGAACCAUCCUCAAGUACCACCAUGGCCCAGUAUGACAGUGACUCCAAGAAAAACUACGGCUCUCAGCUGACUGUCAACACGCAAGGUACUCCAAGAGAAGAUUGCCCUGACUGGUGGAAAGUAAGGAAACUGAAAAGCAACGAAGAUUUUGCAUCUGGCCACCAAAGGGAAAGGACGGUUGCGAAUCACAGCGCCUCCAAGAUGUCAUGGGGGUUCCCCGAGUCAAGUUCAUCUGAAGGAGAGGAAAACCUGGAUGACUACGACUGGUUUGCGGGUAACAUCUCCAGGGCCCAGUCGGAGCAGUUACUGAGACAAAAGGGAAAAGAAGGUGCAUUUAUGGUUAGAAAUUCCCGCCAGGCGGGAAUGUACACGGUGUCCUUAUUUAGCAAGGCCGUGGAUGAUAAAAAAGGAACUGUCAAGCAUUACCACGUACAUACAAAUGCUGAGAACAAAUUGUACCUGGCAGAAAACUACUGUUUUGAUUCUAUUCCUCAGCUUAUCCACUACCAUCAACACAAUUCAGCAGGUAUGAUCACACGACUCCGCCACCCUGUGUCGACCAAGGCCAACAAGGUUCCCACCUCCGUGUCCUUGGGAAGUGGAAUAUGGGAACUGAAAAGAGAAGAGCUAACCCUCCUGAAGGAGCUGGGAAGCGGUCAGUUUGGAGUGGUCCAUCUGGGCAAGUGGAAGGGGCAGUAUGAAGUUGCCAUUAAGAUGAUCAAGGAGGGCUCCAUGUCAGAAGAUGAAUUCUUCCAGGAGGCCCAGACCAUGAUGAAACUCAGCCAUCCCAAACUGGUGAAAUUCUACGGUGUGUGUUCAAAGAAAUACCCUAUAUACAUAGUGACUGAAUAUAUCACCAACGGCUGCUUGCUUAAUUACCUGAAGAGUCAUGGCAAAGGACUUGAAACCUCCCAGCUCUUAGAGAUGUGCUACGAUGUGUGUGAAGGCAUGGCCUUCUUGGAAAGCCACCAGUUCAUACACAGGGACUUGGCGGCUCGGAACUGCUUGGUAGACAGUGAUCUCUCUGUGAAAGUGUCUGACUUCGGCAUGACCAGGUAUGUUCUUGAUGACCAGUACGUCAGCUCAGUAGGAACCAAGUUUCCGGUCAAGUGGUCAGCCCCAGAGGUGUUUCACUACUUCAAGUACAGCAGCAAGUCAGACGUGUGGGCGUUCGGGAUCCUGAUGUGGGAAGUGUUCAGCCUGGGGAAGCAGCCCUAUGACUUGUAUGACAACUCUGAGGUGGUCGUGAAGGUCUCCCAGGGCCACAGACUCUACCGGCCCCAACUGGCGUCCGACACCAUCUACCAGAUCAUGUACAGCUGCUGGCACGAGCUUCCAGAAAAGCGUCCCACAUUUCAGCAACUCCUAGCUUCCAUUGAACCACUUCGGGAAAAAGACAAGCCAUGAAGAAGAAAUUAGGAGAUCUGAUGAGAGCUCAUGUGAAUGCUGGCCAACAUUUUCAUUACUUUUAAGGAAAGUAGCAAGGUGCAGACAAUGUAAUUUAGCUAGUUCUUCUUAAUAGCAUUCUGUGUGCUGUUUGCCUGUUGUAGUAUCUCGAAAUGAACAAGGUAAGAAACAAAAGAUUUCCUUGAAAUUUAGGUCAAAUUAGUAAUUCUGUGUAUGCUACUUUUAAUAUUAUUACACUUCCCAGCCUAUAGCAGAAGCAUAUUUUCUGAUUGUGGUAGACAGAGUGUGUACCAUGUGUAAAGAUCAGAUAGAAUUGAAAUAUUCUUUGUUGGAUAUUUGUUCUUUUCCUUAUAUAGUCACUAUCCUGAUAAUUAAAUAUGAUAUUAACAAAUACCAAAACGUGGACAUUUGCCUU